GGGCAGAGGCAGACCCUAGUAAAGUACAGUAGUAGUUGGCCAGCCCUCACCACACUCACAAGUGCUCUUCUCACCAACCACACAUCGUGCUCCUACAACCUGUGACUGAGGGAGGAGGUGGUGGAGAUGAUGGUGGACAGGUGGGUUGUGGUGGUGGUGGCACUCAUCCACACAGCCACAGUCGCCGCCCCAGUGAAGUUUGUUGACCUCAUCCAAGAUGGCUUCGAUCACUACUACAAGAUCUACGGCUACUCUAUGAACGACACAGCUGAGUACAGGGUGGUGGCUGCCAACUCUACCUGUGAGUGUCGCCGUAAGUGUCAAGUAGUGCCAAGGUGUAGUUCAGUGACGGUGCUGCCACUUGAGGGAGGAAUGGUGGAGUGCAGGGUCUCCAACAAGCCAGGACCACUCUCCGACACUAGUGAUCGUCCCAAACUGUACAGGACACCAGGAGCCUUCCACUUUCUCUCUGCUGCCACAACAAACUGGGUGGCAGUAGAGGCUGACGGGUACAAGUACAGGGUCGCAGGAAACCUCAAAUCCUGGGCCUCACCCCCCAGCUGGUGUGUCAACAUCAUGGCUGCCUGGCGGACCCCACACAUGCCACUCGUUCUCUUGAAUGUCAUACCUGCCAAUUACCAUGUUUACAUUGACCUGUCGCGAGUUGCCAACGGCCCAGUUACGUGGAAGGCUAGAGGAGACGCCGUGCUGUAUGAGGACACAGGUCUGGAUCCAGCCCUCCUACAGGACCUGCCAGCCACCCAGCCCUCAAAGUUCUAUGCCGUUCACGAUGGUUCUCAGGUGACCCUUAUGGGGGAUACCGGCACCACCCCUCGUAGGAUACUGUGCCAGGACAACCCCCUUAACCUCCAGUGGUAGUGGCCUGUCCAGUGGUACCUCCAGGGGAGAUAACAAUGUAGGGAGUACUCUACUUUGGAUUAAGUGACAUUAUGACUGAACCGGACCCCAACUCAUGGCUUACACUCUCUCAUGUAUACAAUACAGCACACAGCAUUGCCUCAACUGUCUUUGGCAGCUCACUUGACGAUGAAGCAUCACAGGUUUCUACGUCCAUGUGUUUACCUGCACGUUAUGAGUUUGUCUUUUGUUGUUAUAUCAUCAACUAUGUUAUGGUUAGUAGAAGUUAGAUUUAAGUUCUUGGCCAGGCUGUAGUGUCACGUGUGUACUGAUGAGUCACCACAAUACACAUGGGCCACUACUGUGAUGGAGGAAACUGCGAUUACCUGCAGAUUAGACACCUCAGCUUAAUUCACCUGAAAAUUGGCCACCCUACUCCUAACAUAACCAAACCGACACUACCCUAACCUAACUUACCCUACCCUAACCUAUCUUACCCUAACUGGACUUAACCUAACCUUUAUUACCCGAACCUAACUUACCCUGCCCUAACCUAAACUUACCCUAACUGGACCUAACCUUUGUUACCCUAACCUAACUUACUCUGCCCUAACCUAUCUUAAUCUAACUGGACUUGACCUAACCCAUUCAGGUAGCAUUAGAGUGGUUAAACUUCAGGUGAUAUAAGCUAAGGUUUCUAAUUUUCAGGUGAUCAAGGUAGAAAGUACUAUUUAUCAUCCUCUUGUCAACAUUCAGGCAAAAAAUGUUUGGCUGACUGCCGUGUGUGUGUGUUUCAGUAACCUAACACAAUGGUACUCGACCCCAGCCAUCCACGCCCUGCUAUAAUGUGAUCUACUGUGACCAUAAGAGUGUUUAAGAAUCUACAGCAUGUACAUUUAAGAAUCUAUAGGAGUUUUGAUUUGGAAUUUUGGAAUAUAAAGAGUUGUAACUUAGAAUUUAGGAAUAUGUAUGCCAGGUUCCAUCUUAGAAUUUAGGAAUAAGCCAGGUUCUAACUUGGAAUUUAGGAAUAUAUUGAGUUCUACUUGGAAUGUUAGUGGUGCUUUUCAUCUUCCUAGACAUUAAGUUACCAGUAUUAUGUGCCUUACACCAUAACACCCAGUGCAGUAUUAUCUAGUCUCAAUGGUAAUGAAUACAAUGCACUGUACUGUAAUUGAUCUCAAAUAAACCAAUAAAAGAAAAUGUGAC